AUGGCUUUUACACCUUAUAUCGAAAUAGACUGGUCUCCCACUUCACAACAACCAUAUCCUCAACUCGGUGACCCAACACCACCUGAAAAUGACUCAGAUAAAAUAUUACAUAAUACUGAGCGUCCAACGGUACUUUCUGCUAAGGAUAUUCUUUCCCUUGAUAUUGAUGAUAUUUAUCCUUAUACGUACUCAACUCUUCAUCUUAAAGACGAUAAAACAGAAGAAUUCUAUGAUGAUGAAGAUGAUUAUUUUGAACAGUUAGCUAAAGCUAAAAUAGAAGAAACUAGCUAUGGAGGAAAUGAUAUACCUUCAGUUUCUAGCGCUCCUAUCACUUCCACACAGGACAAUAUUCCUUUAUCGCCUUAA